UUUUCUCAUAUGGGUUUUAAAUGAUAAAACCAAUAUACUCUAUGGGUUCGUUGUUUGUAUCUUUCCUCUAUUGCUAAGAAAUAAAAUUUCUUAUGUGGGUUUUAAGGAGACAAUAGAGCAAGGAAAAUAAUUCAAAUAAAAAUGAUGGAAGUACAGACUUCAAGCAAAAAUAGAGGAAUUCCUGAUGACUGUGAUUUCAUUACUACCAUAUUUUCCUGGUCUCUUGAGGACAUUUACAAUGAUCAACUUUUCAAGGUGGCAGCAAUUCCAGAUUUGUUUGAAUCGGUUGAGCAUUAUUUUUCAUCAUAUGUACUUCCCUUAUUGGAGGAAACACGGGCACGGCUGCAUUCAAGUAUGGAGAUUAUUUCCAAAGCACCAACAUCUGAAGUUAUUUCAUUGUCUCGGAGCAGGCGUAAUCAAACAUUGUUUUAUGAUAUUAAGAUUGAUUAUUGGAGAAAUGGUUUCAGUGAUCGCCGCAAGGAGUUUUACAAAACAUUGCCUGGAGAUGUUGUUCUUCUGGCAGACAUUAAACCUGAAACCGUUUCUGAUUUGCAAAGGGCGGGAAGGACAUGGACUUUAGCUCUGGUCACCAAUAUACCAGAGGAUGAGAUUGAGGAUGCUAGUGCAUCAUCUACUCGUUUUAAAGUCAGGCCAUCAAAGGACAUUGGAGUUAUUGAUGAAAUGCAGAAAUCUUUUGUUGUGAUUUUCUUGACAAAUAUGACCACUUUUCUUGACAAAUAUGACCACUAA